CCAGGAAGCAGAGCCGGCUGCUCCUCCAGCCCCCGCCGGCCCCGGUGGGGCAGACCCUUCCCAGCCGCCCCAGCGCCCACUUCGCCUGGCUCUGAGCGCCGGGGCCCCUCGCUGUCCCGCUGCCAGGUGCCGCGCGACGGGACAGCCACUGAUCCCGCCACAGCGGCUCAGGGAGGCGAGGGAGGCGGUGCCCCCAACAGCCGGCCAGCGCCCGAGGGAGCCACGCCAGCACGAGGAGCCAGGGCUAGAGUGUCGUCACAUCCAGGGGGACAUGAGGAGACCCUGAUCCAGGGGUGGGGAUCAGUGAAGAGCAGCCCCCGGGGUGGAGCGCAUGCUGGGGUCCUCAGCCAGAGUGUGAGUCGCCUUCCAGGGCCCGGACAGGAAGGUCCCCCCACCCGACAGGGACUCGGAGGGCUGGAGGCAGUUCAGCACCAGCCCGCUCUGCCCUCAGGGCAGCCGGCCAGUCGCUCGGGGCCACCUCUGCUGGCACAGCAUGCACUCACCAGAACCCUCUGAACCCUGCAUUCCAGCCAGGAAACCCCCACUUCCCCCAUCUUGCUGGGGAAUUCACCAAGAAGCAGAAGUUAAUUUAGAUCACCUGAAACCCCCAGGGAGGGUCACUGCCAGCCCGACCAGAGUUCAAGCUAAUCAGCACGCAGAGCCUCCCGUGGUAGCCUCGGUCACCGGGCCAGGGAUGUCCUCCUGCCCUGACCUCCAGACCCCUCGCCUCUCACCCGGUGAAGGGUCCCCAGCCCGCCCUCCCCGCCUGAGCCUCUCUGUGGUCACUGUGAUGGCACCAGGCCUGGUUCCACCGCCGUGGGCCGUGUCUCCACUGGCUUGGGCAGCCUCCUGGAGGCCCUGCAUGCAGACCUGCCGCCUGCCUGGCCCCAGCAAGGCAGAUCCCACAUGGGCCGCACGCCCGCUUUGUGCAAGGACACCAGCCAAACAGCCAUGUGCACUCGUGGCUCAACAAAGAGAGACGGGGUCUCCUGAAACCCCAAAAAGACUGAUAAAGAGGAAACAAGAGGCCAGAGCUCUGCAGGGUCGGUGACAGCGCCGGGACGCACAGCUGCAGAGACUCGAGUGAGCUCAGCACAGAUAAGCUGGUCGCAGGGAGGGGAGCAGCCGCAUUCCUGCCUUCCCGGGCCAGAGCUGGCCGCCCCUGGCGUGGGGAGGCCGAGCCUCGGACAUGACGCGACCGCUGAGAAAUGUCCAGCACCUUCUCCUGCUCUGCUGUCGGCAGGAGCGUGGCCGGGCCCCCCACUCUGUUUGCUUUCGGCUCAGCCUCUCUCUUAAUCCUAUCUUUGCCAGUUUGUAUCCAAUUUAAUACAGCUUCCGUAAA